UGGUAGGUGAGUCCUCCGGAGUUGAGUCCUGCUCCCCGAGCUCCUCCCCGCCGUUGGAGAUAAAUUUCGAGGGAUACCCCAACUUCUACGACUUUUUGUCCCGAUGUUGAGGUUCUCGUUCAGAUGUAAGGGCUAUGCGAAGGACACUUGCUUUGUUCUCCUCCGCUCGGAGAGCUGGCGAGUUGAACCUGAUUCAAAUUCGUAAUGGCACAUUCUACAGAGAGCAUCCGGCAGCACAUGGCGGAGACUCUUCCUCCUCCAAUCCACCUCUCUUCCCGAACUUGACCUUCGAGCUGCCUGCCACCCAGGACCAGGCUGCUGAACGGAGAGACAACCACUGGGCCGUCAUCAGUGGCUCUGAUGGAACCACAUUCCUCGAAAUCCUGAGGGGUUCACAUCUAUGUUUCCCGCCGAAUGCAAGAUCAUACCCGUACCUGGCCUCCGGUGCCAUUGAUGAUCGCAAAGAUCACCACCUGCGGAUACCGUCGCGGGCAAUACAGUAUGUCGGUUUCAAUACAAAGGGGCAAGCAUCAGGUGGAGGAAUAAGAGGCGCCUAUCUAAGUGCUCGAUACGAAAGCCGUAGAGAGGAAACAGACUGGUCGGUCCUGCAAUACCUCAAAGGAGAAACGGAGUUGAACCCAACGCAAAGUGCAGAGGAGCGACAUGUCGACCUCAACCUCCUCGACCAGACUAUCGCGGACCUGCGUCUGCAAAAGCUCCUCGACAUGCCAGUGAGCAAUUUGAGUAAUGGACAAACCCGAAGAUCAAGGAUCGCAAAAGCGCUGCUGGGUAAGCCGAAGCUUCUCCUGCUCGACGAACCAUUCAUGGGCUUGGAUCCACCGACGCUGGUCACGCUGUCACCCAUGCUGCAACGACUGGCGCAUAAGUCGUCGCCUCUUCUUCUCCUUGGAUUGCGACCCCAAGACCCCAUCCCAGAUUGGAUCACGCACCUUGUCGUUCUCGGCCCAAACCACACGGUAGCGCUGAUGGGCGCGAAGCAGCAUGUCCUUUUCAGUCUUCGACAGUGGGCGGAGGUCGUAUCCCAAGCACAGUCAAGCUCCGACAACAAGAUCCUCGAGCAAAUCGUAAAGACAUACGGUACACCGCCGUCCGGCAUUGGCGACGAACUCACCAGCAAAGGCAUAUCAAGGCACGAGCUCCUCACACAAGACAUCACCGCAUCCACUCACCAAUCGUGGUCUAAAGCUAUCGAGACUAGCCAACCCUCUCCGCGGAACAGCCUCGACCAGCUCCUCCUUGCCGCCUCUCAGGACGACAGUUCCCUCCUUUCCAACCCCUCAAAACGAGAUACACCUCCUUCAUCAACCUCCACCCCUUCCACAUCCAAUACCGAUUCUUCACCUCCCCCCUCCCAAGGCGACCCCCUCAUCGAACUAUCCUCAGUAACGGUAAAAUACGGCCCCAAAACCGUUCUAGGCCACACACCCCCCGGCCUCACCCUAACAAUCCGACAAGGCACACGUCUCGCCCUCCUCGGCCCCAACGGCUCCGGCAAAACCACACUCCUCUCCCUCCUGACCUCCGACCACCCCCAAUCCUACAGCCUCCCCAUCAAAUUCUUCGGCCGCAUACGUCUCCCCUCGCCCGGCAAACCAGGCCUAUCCCUCUGGGAGAUACAAUCCCGCAUAGGCCACUCCUCGCCCGAAAUCCACGCCUUCUUCCCCAAACACCUCCCGCCCCGGCGCGUGCUGGAGUCCUCGUGGGCCGAAACAUACGCGAGUAAACCUAAACUCACGCCCGAACGGACGCAAAUGGUCAAUACUUUUUUGCGGCACUGGCAGGCUGAACUGCAACAAGACAGUCCCAAACCCUCUCCGGAUCUGGACUGGGCAUCAGAUAAAUCGACACACGCGUUCAAUUCGUUGCCCUUCAGUGCACAGCGUCUCCUGUUGCUCUUACGCGCAAUCAUAAAACAGCCUGACAUCGUGAUCUUGGACGAGGCCUUCUCAGGUUUAUCCGCGGAAACGCGCGACAAGGCCAUGUCGUUUAUCGAGUCUGGCGUUACGGAUACGCAAUUCCCCGGCCUCACAUCUGCACAGGCCCUGGUCGUGGUGUCGCAUGUCAGAGAGGAGAUUCCUCCCGUGGUGGACGAGUGGCUCCGUCUACCUGGCGAAGAGGAAGUACUCGAGCACGGGCGAGACGUCGAGGGUGGACGAACAGUCAAGGGAGGUAUCAGGACGAAUGAGGGUUGGAUGAAGGUCUGGGGUCUGUGAUACGUUCACUGUAUUGUACAUACUAUGGCACCUACUGGCCUCGAUUAUAUAAAGCUACGAUAGAUAUGGCUCUGGAAAGGAAUCUACACUGGAAGGCUAGAUCAAAAUGUAUAU